AUGUCUCCAUACCCAAGGCUCCACACGUGCCCUAGAUGCUCCUACACCACUAGCGUCACUACUAAUAUGAAGAACCACAUGCUGACACACACUGACGAAAAGCCCUUUGCCUGUGAUCAAUGCUCUUAUCGCUCCAAGCAGAAGGGUAACCUGAAGCGGCACAUUAUGACCAAUCACGACUAUAGCACCAUGCUAUGUUACAUUGAAUUUCCGAAUGUGGAUCGUGGGCCAUGCCUGCCGGCGACCACAAGCAACUCCUGGAUGAUGCCGGUCGGACCGCAAGGAACAGGACGGCCGCCGAGGGUCCUGCAGUGCUCCUAUUGCUCCUACAACACCGUUUUCAGGACCAACUACCUCAACCAUGUCCGGAAACACACCGGCGAGAAGCCCUUCAAGUGUCCUCACUGCAACUACUGCUCUACUCAGAGAAGCAACUUGACGCGGCACACGCUCCGCUGCCCAGCCAAGCCCCGCUCCCUGACCUAA